CCUCUGGUUGAACAGCUGGUUGGACCAUCUGCACGCUGACCAAUAGGAAGAAGCGCCGUUAUCGCCAGGAAAAAAAAAAAAAAAAAAACUGACAGUCGCCAUGAUACAGCAACGGAAACGACUGAGAAGUAGCUAGAAAACAAAAGAGAACACGCAGUCGUCCUUUACAUUUGGUAUGCUCCUGCAGUGUUAUAGGAAUGCCCAAGGAAAAAUAUGACCCGCCGGAUCCGAGGCGGAUGUACACAAUUAUGUCCAGUGAAGAGGCAGCCAAUGGGAAGAAGUCAUACUGGGCUGAGCUGGAAAUCAGCGGCCGAGUAAGAAGUCUGAGCACAGCCCUAUGGUCUCUAACCCACCUCACUGCCCUGCACCUCAGUGACAACUCAUUGUCACGAAUCCCGCCAGACAUUGCCAAACUACACAACUUGGUGUACCUGGAUCUAUCAUCCAAUAAGAUCAGGAGCCUGCCAGCAGAGCUCGGCAACAUGGUGUCUCUCAGGGAACUACUUUUAAAUAACAACCAGUUGCGGGUUCUGCCAUUUGAAUUGGGGAAAUUGUUUCAGUUACAAACACUGGGGUUGAAAGGAAACCCACUUGCACAAGAAAUCAUGAGCCUCUACCAGGAACCUGAUGGCACGCGCCGACUGCUUAACUACUUGCUAGACAAUCUGGCAGGGGCUAUAAAGCGCAUACCUACAGAGCAACCUCCAGCCCGGUCGUGGAUCUCUCUCCAAGAACCAGACCGAACACGGUUGUCAGCACUGUUCUCUGUGAUGUGUUACAAUGUGUUGUGUGACAAGUAUGCCACACGACAGCUAUAUGGCUACUGCCCCUCUUGGGCUUUAAACUGGGAGUACAGGAAGAAAUCCAUCAUGCAGGAGAUCCUGAGCUGCAAUGCAGACAUCGUGAGUUUACAGGAAGUUGAGACAGAACAGUUUUUCAACUUCUUCUUACCUGAGCUGAAGGAGCAGGGCUAUGAUGGAUUCUUCAGUCCAAAGUCACGUGCUAGGACCAUGUCUGAGUCAGACCGCAAACACGUGGAUGGAUGUGCAAUUUUCUUCAAGACAGAAAAGUUCAGUGUGGUGCAGAAGCACACAGUGGAGUUCAACCAGCUGGCCAUGGCGAACUCCGAGGGCUCAGAGGCGAUGCUGAACAGGGUGAUGACAAAGGACAACAUAGGGGUAGCUGUCCUGCUUGAAGUCUGCAAAGAGAUGAUGGAGGUCUCCUCGGGAAAGUCACUCCACGGGAUGGAGAAGCAGCUGCUGCUUGUCGCCAAUGCCCACAUGCACUGGGAUCCAGAGUAUUCUGAUGUAAAGCUGGUCCAGACCAUGAUGUUCUUGUCAGAGGUGAAGAAUAUCGUGGACAAGGCAACACGCAGCCUCAAGUUGUCCUCUGUUUCUGGUGAAACGAAUGCCAUUCCAUUGGUGCUGUGCGCUGACCUCAACUCUUUGCCUGAUUCUGGUGUCGUAGAGUACCUCAGUACUGGAGGAGUGGACUGCACCCACAAGGAUUUCAAGGAACUUCGUUAUAGUGACAGCUUGACCAAAUUCAACUGCAAUGGCAAGAGCACCACGUCUAACGGCAGGAUCACGCACGGCUUCAAACUCAAGAGCGCGUAUGAAAACAGCCUGAUGCCUUACACCAACUACACCUUCGACUUCAAGGGUAUCAUUGAUUACAUUUUCUACUCCAAGCCUCACCUGAACGUGUUGGGUAUCUUGGGCCCCCUGGACCACCACUGGCUCGUCGACAACAACGUCAGCGGCUGCCCGCACCCACACAUCCCCUCUGACCACUUCUCUCUCUUCGCCCAGCUGGAACUGCUCCUGCCCAACAUGCCCCCCCAGGUCAACGGGCUCCAUCUACCUGCACGCAGGUAGUGAGCCUCUGCCACACCACCAGGGGGAGCUGCAACCACAGGCGCCAUUUCUCAACCCUCCCACUACCAGCUCUUCCCUCCGCCAGAUCGGAGGGGGAAGACAAAAAACAAAACAAAAAAAAACCUGUAAAAUACUCGUACAUUGAGGUGUGGCUGACAGGGAUUUCGUACAAUGUUAUAGAUAUUCUAUAUUUUUGUUUUUUCUUUCUCUGUUUUUCUUUUUUUUUUUAACUGCUCAGAUUGAUCCUGUUCGUGUAUCAUGGUUUGUUGUCAACUCCUUUGCUCCUCAUAUUCACCCACUUUGCUUCUGUCUUUCAAACACUAGAGGAUGGUAGCUCGUGCAGAUUCAUCACACAGGGUGCUGUUCAGGUUUACCAGAAAUGUUAACUGUGGAAAUGGUCGAGGGGAUGACACCUGAGAAGCUCUGCAGCUGUCUGUCUGUCCUGUAUAAAUCUUAAACCAGCAAAGACAGCAGACUUGUCAGUGUUAGACCUCUGUCAUUGGCUCAUUUACCCCCCGUACUUUGACUCGGAUGCAGUUUUGUCAGAGCAGCUUUUAGUUAGCAGUGUUGCGUCCCUGGCGGCAGGUGUAGUGCGACUCAUCUGAGGUGAGAUUUCCUGCUGUAAUUCUGUGGUGCUGAGGCCACGGCCUCCCGUGGUGCUACAAGAUAGUCUACACCUCUGAUUCUGGCACUGGAGCGUUAGCAACCAAACCCACAGAUGCCUCGAAUGUGUCGUCUGUGAACUGCGUUACCCUGAUUUAUGAAGGAACGAGGUUACGAGCAACUGAGAGCAGCUACCAUCCUCUUUCCAGACUUUUUUUUUUUUUAACCCACAGCUAGUAUAGUUGUUAGGCUCGUCUUACGCUUCGGUGCUCAAAUGUCCCAUCUGCCACCUUGUGGGAAAGGGUUCAUGCUGAUAAGCAGCGCUGUUGUGGGGGGGCUUCCUUCUUCUUUGUCGUCUUGUUUUUUCUUGAUUGCUUUUAGGCAGCGAGAGUGAGCGGUGGCUGAUCCACAGGACUAAAACCAGCAUUCCUCUCACUGUUUGGAGUUGCCAUCCAACUCCUCACAUGCAAUCUGACACGGACGCAAACACACACACACACGCUCACAUAAUUUACAGGCAGAUCUGUAGCACUGUCUCUGAGGCCAGUAGUGAGUUCCCCAGCCAUACAUCCCAUACUCAAACGCAGUGGGUUUUUUUUCACAAGUGUUUGUACAGAAUAGAAAUCUAGACUCAGUCUUUACAUGAUUGUAUAUGAACCACAAAAGACCUGUUUUCUGGCGUUUUUUGUACUAAGAGUAAAUUAUGAUCAGAUUUGAGGAAAAAAAAAGAUUGUAUUGUAAACUAUGGCUAAAUUUUUAUCCAGUUAAUGUUGAGAUGAAUUGAUAUUACCAGCUUGUACAAAAGACGUAAGAAGAGGUUGUUCAGGGCGUUCGCAGUCAAUUCUUUGCACUCCCUAGAGAUAACUGUAAUUAAUAUCAGUAUUUUUUGUUUGUGCCCCCGCCCCUACCUCCGUCUCCACUGUUAGUUUAAUUUGCCGGCAUAUUGCUGCAAUUGUAAAUAGACACUGAGUAAACGCUGCCUGAUGCUUGUUGCCCAUUAACAAAGCCAUUGAUCCACACUGCUGCCAUCAGUUCAGACUAAGGAAGAGUCGCCGUGCGCCAGUGACUUAUCAUGACUGAUAAAACCUAGAAUUCUCACACGUACCAACAGAACAUCGUGCCUCACUGUAGCAGUUGUCGUCUUGCACUAUUUACAUUUGAUGAACGCCUGAACAACCUUUUCUCCUUUUAUUUUUAAAUACUGUUGAGACAUUUGUGAAGAUUUUAUGUCCUUUUUGGAUUUAUUUUUUCUUUUUGUUAAUGUUGAUUUCCUUUUUUAUGAGCUAUGACAAUGUAAUGAUGAUGUGUAUAUCCUUGCUAUUCAUUGAGCUCUCUAGUAAUCAGGUAUGCUUUAUCCACUGACCCUUUAUUCUCUCCUUACGGAACAUGAGCAGGACGUCUUAUCCUUAAAACUCCGCUUUCUCUCAGAUCAUUGUGUAGCCCCUUUGUACCUUAGCACAGCUCCAUGUCUGCACCCCAAAAGUAUGGUCUGUCCAUUACCGUCACACCGGAGUAGCCAGGCCAACCUGACACAUAACGUUCCCACCAUCGGACGUCGAGCUGUCUUUUCAAUCCCCUUUGUCCAUCCACUUUGUUCUCUUACCUUCGUCAAUGCAGCUAUCGUGCCAUCAGUGGACGGUUUCCUCUACACUAGGAAGGCCGAAAGUCCGCUUUGGAUUUACAAGAGAUCAGGGGUACUGAGUGCAGCUCUUACUCUUGAUGGCCAGAUUAACACACUGAUCAAUCAGUUUUCUGAGGCAAUGUUUUCAACACAGCAGUGAUGAGCACUUAUUAGAUUCAGAAGCAGCUCUCCUCACACCUUGUCCUAACAUAUUAGUGAAUAAAAAUCUCCAAAUUUUGAAUUGAGUUAAAACCAAGAGGGGUAUAAGUAAAUGCAGAUUAUAAAUUCAUUUCUCAAAUCAAUUUGUCCCAUUUAUUUGCCUCCACAUGCUUUUUUUGUGUGUUUCCCCCUCCCAGUGAAAUCAGUGACUGUUUUUUAUAUAUAUAUUUUGUACCUUGAAUGGCAUUAGUAUUGUAGUCAGUUUGAGGAUAGCCCUUCUUUAUUUUUUCUCUUUUUUUGUAAAGUGUGAAUAAAAGAUGUAUCUCAUGUUUCCUUUCUAAAAAGAUAUUGAAAUGUUGAUGUGUAAAUCAUGAAUUCUAUGACAGUGUUAUGUUUGCUACAUUGUUUUUACUUUUUUUUUUCUCCAUACUUUUUAUCCCAUCAUAAAUCAAAAUCCUCUGUAGACAUUGACAUGCUGUCUCGAUGGGUUGAUUCGAGAAGUUGAAUGUUCCUGAUGAUGCAAUUUCGAAUGAAGGAUUGAGUGUUUAGUGGAAGAACAGAAACUGCAUAAUUGCUGUUGAAGUAACUGACAGGGAUAUUCCGCAGUCUUUUUUUUUUUUGAACAUUUCGUAGCACUAGCUAGAGAGUGCUAGUGCCUCUCAUUGAGGCAGCAGAGCUGUCUCAUAGUACUGGAGAACUAUGUUCCGACUGGUGUAAAAUGUGUUUCUAAGACUAAGCUAAUGAUGUGCCGCUGGUCGCUGUGAUGACUUUUUUUUUUUGAGUACUACUAGUCCAUCUCACUUUGUUCUUGUGCAUUGCAGUGGCUAAAUCUGUUACGCUAGCUAGCUAUUAUUGAUGGUCACUGAUUGCACUCUUGUUUAAUCGCGUCGCUUUUGAUCAAGCAAAAUUUUUCCAAAUGCAAAGCUGAGAAAAUGUCACCCUAUGAGAUUCAGCACGUCAUCACAUGUUGGCUUUAUAUUUUCCAUUCAUUGUGUUUUAUAGCUGUCUUUUUAGACACAGCAACACCCCCCUCCCCAGGCUGCAUCUCUUUGUAAUGGUGCACACCAAAGCUUCUUAUAGUUCAUUUCUCUUGUAGAGCAACUUCUUUUCAUAAUUUUUUAAAUCUGUAAGUCAUAGUGUACAUGAAUUGUAGGGCUGUAAGGAAAGCACCUUUGUUCUUUUCCUUAAAUUCCAUUAAAAAAAAUUUUGCAUCCAUAUUCACACUUGUUACUGUCAUUUGGGUUUGUGACUCAUUUAAAAUGCAUCAAUUUCCAAAAACAUGGCAAUAAUGAUGUCCUGAAAUACACAUUUAGAAUGAGUUUUUAAACGUUUUAUCUGGAAAAUGUAGCCGUUUCACAUUUCGAACUGUGCUAGUUUUUUUUUAUAUACAUCUUCAUUCUGACCUCCCAUGCCUCUUCCACCACUCCCCCCCCCCCCCCCCCCCAUCCAUCCAUUCAUCCUGUAUAUUUGCUCAUCACCUCUUCCCUGCCGACCUAGUAGUAAUUGUUUAAUGAUCAGGAUUUGUCUAUCUGUAGUCAGCCGAGUACAUAUAAUGAUCUGUGUCACUGUGUUUAUGCACUGGACCAACUAUUGUUUACCAUUCAUGAAAUACCAGCAAAAAAAAAUAUAUAUAUAUAUAUAUGAAAUGAAACAUUUGCACAAUGUUGUAGAAUGUCCAUUAACACAGAUGAGAAAUCAAGGCAGCUGUUUUCAGAUCAACACAUACUGUUUUCAGAAGAAACUGAAUGGUAAACAAUGCUAUUUCUGUUGUACCCCUUAGCCAUCCUCUCAGUACUCUUUGGACUAGUUUUGUUUUUUGUUUUGUUUUUUUAUGUUGACUACAGGUUCUGCUUGUUUCCUUUACACCUACCUAUGUAUUUUCCUACUUCUGGUUGAAAAUAAAUUCUAUAUUAUCUGUUUCAAA